CAUAUUAUUUUCGAGAUCAAGCCAUCAGCCACGAUAUCUUAUGUUGUCCGAGUUGGACAACUACGUAUUAUUAUUAAUUACAUAUAUCCAUAAGGCGAGAGCAAAUCACAACGAUUCAUUUUUCAUAUUUACCUCUACAUCCUACAUCUAACAGGCUCGAUAGGCUAUUGUUUAACCCUUGGCCCCUCACCUUCUCGAAUCUUGCUUACCUUCUCUUUCCUUUUCCACUCUUUGUUCCGUGCAGCAGCAGUACGAACUCUCUCCUCGCCGGUUAUCAUGCAACAGAGCCCGCAGGUCUACUAGAGUUGUACGAAGAACGGUACUUCAGUCAUCGCCCCGACCUCUUUGCCGCCCACUCUUAAGGAUACUCUGCACAGUCUGCAGUAGUCUGCGUUAGCUCUUUUCGCUUUUUGGUCUGAUCCAGUGGGCUUCCCUUUAAACGGUGAUAUCUUCCAAACCACUCCCACCUUCAACAUGACACCGAAUCUUUCUGAACAGAACUUUUUGGGCGAGAAGGCCACUCUUCCACUCACCCAAACAACCCAACGUCCACAGCACGUAGUAAAAAAGAUGCCUUCAGCCCGGCACUUCUUCCUAACCCUGCUUCUCGGCCUACUAUUCACGACCGGGCUCGCAAAUGGGCUCCUUAAACAGCAGCCCUCCAAUGAGGUCCAUGCUGAAAGCAAGCCUGACCAUGUUGUCCACCGUGACGACUCGACCUUCUCACGGCUGUUAAGCUCAGCUUCGCCGCAGGCUCUUCACCAUUUUCUACAUACCUACUUCCCCGCCACCUACAAACAUGGUGUUUACGACUCUGACCACGCGGCUAUGGAGGCUGUUCAUGCGAAUGACCCGGAAUUAGCAACUUCCAUUGUCCAAAUGGCGAAAAGGCAACAGUCUUCUGGAAACGAUACAACUGCCGCCGUGACAACUUCUACGUCCACUGAAACUAGUGCCGCUACUUCCACAAGUCAAAGUACCACGACUCAAGAAUCUACUGCAGAGACGUCCUCUACGACUCGAUCUUCCGCCUCAACCUCGGAUGCCCCAACGUCUACAGUCACUUCCACUAGUUCCACGCAAACCGACUCGCCGACGACUACGACAACGACAUCCUCGGGAUCAACAGAAACGACGAGUACUCCCGGGUCGACUUUGGCAACGGCGACUACUUCCAGCGUUAGCACCACAGCGUCACCCAGGACAUCGACGUUUACAUCGACACUCCCCGGAGGUGCCAAGACCACGAUUACUUCGGUUGAGGUUGUUACUCCCGGUGCUUCUGAAGCGGCAAGUACAACAUCAGGAACUUCGGGAAGUCUGCAAUCUGGCGUCGGUAGAACCGUUGCGGUAAGCCCGAUAGUGGAGGUUUUCAUGGGUGUGAUCGUUGGCGGAGCACUUCUGGUAUAACAGCUUUUGCAAUAGGCAUUUCCCUCCUGUCGGCUCGACAACACGGGGCUUGGGCGUUGGUAGCAUUAUUAUGGCGAGCAUUGUUGCAUACGUGGGAUUUCAACGGCAUCUACGUUCAUUUGGAUCAGCAGGGAACUGUAAUAGAGAAAAGGUCGGUCUCAGAGCUCGCAAAGCCUUGCGGCUAUUGACGAAUCUAACGAAAUUGGUUACGGGUCAUUUAUUUUUGGGUGUUCACAGUCUCAAUUGGAAGGAUAUUAAAAAACGAAGGCCAUAUAUAUCCAGGUAAAUACGCUUUGGAUUGGUCAUAAUAGAGGUCAUACACAUAAGAAUAUCAGCUGUUAUAAAACCUUGCGGGCCGGUGGUAGAUAGAUUUUAUAUAAUAACCUGGCAACAAGACAGCCUGCUAAAUGAUAAGGAUGUUACUAUAG